AUGUCCAAACGAACGGUAUAUACGGAAAUUAGUCCCCUCCCGCCAAACAUUUCUCGGCAGGUGGUUUUGGACUUUCUCCAUGAUCAUUUGGGCAUGAUCGACUUGAACCCGCUAGUCAAAGAGAGACAUCCCAUCCCGCCACCUGCCGGCGCGGCGCCGGAAGAGAAACAUUUGAACUGGUAUUCAUUAACAGACAAAAUAUCAUACCUUCCAGGCGGCUUGGCGACGGGGGACAUUUCAUACACGGCCGUCUUCAACGACCUCCCCAACGGACUACAAACGCAUUGCUGGGCGCCUCUGGGCGUCGAGAUCCGAAGCAGAUGGACCCUCAACGGGACCCUGCCCGGCGAACCUCCUGAGAAGGUUGAGCUGGGCCUAGACGCCCCAACGACGGGGUUGUACAUACGAGAGGAUGUCGAACUGCGCUGCAACAUCCUCAUGGCCGGCUUCAUCAAGAAAACAACCAAGAAGGCCCACCAAACCUUGGUCGAGCAGGUUGCCGCCAAAGCCCAGGCUUCAGCUGACCUGGACGCCACCACCGCCGCCGCCUCCACGCCUGGCUCGGCCGCUCUGCGGGGGAACAAGAGCGCUGCUCGGUUCAGCGACUAUAGCCAGGUGCGGAGCGCCCCGGAGCAUGCUCCUCCCAUCGACGGCACGGGCCUGGAACGGAAUACUCGAGGAGAACAGGGCGGCGACUGGCGGGCACAUGGCCACAGCUCGAGCGACGGCGACUUGAAGAAGAUGAUUCCCGACGUCAUCGAGUUGCCGGCGUCGUUUUCCUUUGGCUCUGAAUUCCGACCCUCCAACACCCCGGCUUCCCAACAGCCGCGGCGCUUUUCCGCCAUGCCGCCACCAUCCUCCAACUGUUGGACAACGGCACCCCUCCCAUCCAAGCCGCACUUUUCCCCACGCCAGCCCGCGUACCAAGAAUCACGGCAAGAGAUGCCGCCGCCGCCGCCGCCGUCGUUCCUCGUGCCGCCGCGGCCACCCGCUCCACAGAACCUACCCGCCGGCACACCUCAGCGCCAGUCCCUCGACUUGGUGAGGGAGAGGCUAUACACGCCCUACAACCCGGGCCAAUCGAAGACGACAGCCCGGGCGGCGGCGGCGACCCACCUGGCGUCGCUAAUCCCUCCCUCGCCGUCGUCGACCAACUCCAGCAUCGACAGCGAGGAGGACUACCUUGGCGAUGGCGGCGAGUGCGUCGACCGCGCCUCCCUCUACCCGAACCCUCUGUGCGUUCAAAAAAUACCAGCCAUGGCGGAACUGUCGUCGGUUCCCGCGGCUGCUGCUGCUGCUUCUUCUGGCACGCCAGCGAUACCUCAGUCUGCAGCGUACCCGGAGAUGAGCCCCUACUCGGAGGAUGACGAGACCUGCAGCGACAUGUCGUCUUUGCCAUCCCCACCUGCUUCUGUCAUUGCUGCCGCUGCCGGCAUGGGCACGUACGGUCUGCACCCGGCGCCCCUUAGGCCGGGCUUCAGGAGGGCAACACCGAUGGCACCGGCGGCCGCCGAGGUCCCUGCUGCCUUGCGUCCUGGGUCGUCGCCUAAUAUCAACUUUGGGUCCUCGUGGCGGCAUGAUUUGCGAUGA